AUGCAAACUCAUCACAAUUUUCAUCAUCUUCAUCAUCAGAAUCGUCGUCUUCUUCAGCCUCCUCUUCAUAUUUUUCUUCUUCCUCUUCCUCUUCAUCUUUCUCUUCUUCAUAUUUUUCUUCUCUUCCCUCUUCUAUUUCUUUCCCUUUCCCUUUUUUAUCUUCAACUUUCUUAUCAUCCUUUCUUCCUUCAUCUUUUCCCUUUUUUCCUUCUUCCCCUUCUUCACCACUUUUUACACCCCUUUUUUCAUCUUCUUCGACCUUCUUUUCCUCCUUCUCUUCACCAAAAAUCUCUUCCCUCUUUUUCUCUUUCUUUCCAACUUCAUCUAAUAUUAAUAUCCCUUUACCUUUUCGAUUCAAAUCGUCACUUUUUCCAGGCAAUUCUAAUGCUAUUUCUUUUCCUUUACUUUCUUGUAUAUAUUUUUUAUGUAAUUUUUCUAAAAAAUUCAAAAAUAUUUUCAUAA